ACUCGGUGUCCCGGAGCGGGUCACGCGUGUCUUGGUUUGCUCUAGCGGAGGAGGGAACUAACAUCGAAGCGCAAGUCUGCACUUUUUUAUUUUGUUGAACUUUGCGCCAAGUUUAUCCAAGUUUAAAGAAGUUAUAUUCUCGGCCCUGCGGUUAUCGGAGGGUGCGGGUUAUCGCGAGAUGAGCAGUCCCGAUGCGGGCUACGCCAGCGACGAUCCGAGCCAGGCCCGCGGGACCAGCUCAGCCAUGAUGGCCGGCGCGGCGCAGUGCGCGUGGCCGGAGCCGCUUAGCCCGCGAGCGCACGCCAAAGCCAAGAGCGACGUGUGCGUGAACGCGCGCGGGAAAGGCGAAGCGCGCAUCCGCCGGCCUAUGAACGCAUUUAUGGUGUGGGCCAAAGACGAGCGCAAGAGACUGGCACAGCAGAACCCCGACCUGCACAACGCCGAGCUCAGCAAAAUGCUCGGUAAGUCAUGGAAAGCCUUGUCCAUGUUGGAUAAGCGACCAUUUGUGGAGGAGGCGGAACGACUGCGCGUGCAGCACAUGCAGGAUCAUCCAAACUACAAGUACCGGCCUCGUCGCCGCAAACAAGUUAAGAGAAUCAAGCGCCUGGACUCUGGAUUCCUGAUGCCUGGGGCAAGUGAGCCUCAGGGUGCUCUUAAUAUGGAGAACAUCGAAGUGGGCUACUCCCUCCCUCCUGGGGGUUUGCCUCAGACUGGUUUGUCUCAGUACUGCGAUGCCCAGGGCUUGUUUGAGCACUACAGCCUUCCCACUCCUGACUCCUCCCCAAUGGAUGCAAUGGGGACAGAGAGUGUCUUUUUCACUGGCCAUUCCCAGGAGGACAAUUCUCACAUGGCCUACAGCUACCAUCACCAACAAGACUACGCUCAUCUAGAGCACCAGCACCCUCUCGUUAAUACACAGGCUCAAGGCAGAGUACGAAAUGACGCACACUCACAUGCCACAACACACUCACAGGUCCACACACACACCACCUCCAACUUACAUUUAGUGCCUAGCCACAGCAACACACACACCAAUCUGAUGAGCAGCUCACACCCUCAGGAACUCGGUAAUGUGAGCCACAGUGUCAGCCACAAUAUCAAUCCUCACCAUGCGCAUUCAAUAUCUCAGGCGCUUUUUAAUAGGAGUCUGUCACCUGGCUCCAAUCAGGCCCCGCCCCCUGCGUACCUGGGCUGCCCAACUACCUUAGGUGUUUUUUACAACCCUGGCUCUCAGGUGAAACGCCCAGUGGAGCAGCAGUCACCUCCACAAGAAGGUCACACACAUUCGCACACUCCUACUGACCAACACACACAUACAGAGACGUGCCGGCAUGCUCCUGAGAUGUUAAGUGAAAUGGCUUGUGGGGAAUUUGAGCAGUACCUGUCAUACGGGUUAACUCAUGCACCGAUGCAGGGGUCUGACCUCAUCUCUACUGUACUGUCUGAUGCUAGCACUGCUGUGUACUACCCAAACUAUAACAACACCUGAAGCUUCUGAUUUACAGCAAACACUUCAGAGCUACAGAUAUUGAUCAAUGACUUAACACUGUCAGCGCCACAUCGUGCGGAAACGUACACAUGUAUUUGUAUAUCUUAGUCUAAAAUAAAAUGAAGGGAGUUAUGAUAAUUUUUUAGAAGUGUAUAAAUUGUAUAAAUUCACUGAAACAUGCUUAAUUAAAUGUUAAAAUGCGUAUGUGUUUCUUAAGGAGACAGUAAUGUUGAAAAACAUUGUACAUAAGUCAUUUUAUAAAAUGAAAUGUUAAUGUAUUAAAAUGUAAUUUCAUACUUUUUUUGCACUUUUUUGGGAAAUAAACAUCUCAGUGA